CAGCAUUUAACAUGGACAUAGAAUUGGAGCGCUUUCUCUUACAAGGGCGAGUAAAGGAGGAAACAAUUCAGAAUCUGGUCAAAGACGAGCUUAUUACAGUAGAGGACUUGACUUCUGCCAGUGAGGAGCUUCUGAAGUCUUGCGGAAUUAGUGGGGGUCAAGUGUUAAGAGUCAAGGCUGCAUGUGCUAAGUUUGUAAAAGAGAGUAGCAUGGAGGAGAUAAACUCACAUCCAAGUUCAAGUGAUCUUUCAAUUACUUCAUCCAUUGAGUUAGCAUCUUCUUCAGCCAACGCAUCAAUAUCUUCAGCAAAGUCCUCAUCGUCAUCUUCAACAGAGUCAUCAGCAUCUUCAACUAAGUCAUCACCAUCUUCAGCAAAGUCAUCUCCACCUUCUUUAGCAAAGUCCCUGUCAUCUUCUCCUGCCUCAACACUGUCAUCUUCUUCAUCUUCGAAAUUAUGUGCCUUUAGUCCCUGUCAACCUUUAAACUCAAAGUGUGGUUCAUCUUGGCUGGUGAAUUUUCAGCUUCCAUCUACUUUUUCACCUGCUGUAAACAAGGCACUUGAAGAAAAAAAGUUGACGGGCAACAGGAGGAAUGAGUUGACGAGAGAUGUGUGUUCCAGUCUAAGGGUACACACAAUGUACCCUACAAAGGCAGAGAGGGAGCAUGUUGCCUUCCUUCUCAUAAAAAAGUUUCCUUUUUUGAGAGAUGCCAUUGGCAGUGGAAUUGGUUCCUGGGAAACAGCAUUUAAGAACCGAUUCAAAAACCUGAGGAAAACUGGACAAAAGGGCGUGGAAACAUCCACAGCAAGGAACCAUAAUAAUGACAUGGGAGAAAAAAAAGAACCACAGCCGAAAAAAAGGCGCAUAGAAGAAAUAUUUGAAAUGCCAGAAGGCGAAACAGCAGAGACUUGCCAGGAGCAUGUUAAAGCUAUGAAGAAAGAAAUGGCCCGAUCAUCUAACCGAAAUUUGGCAAUGGUGAAGGAACUCAUGGAGUUGACACAUAGCCACAGAAGGCAGUGGUUCCUCAAAGAAACGGUACCCAUAAGUAGCUUCAUUGAAGAAUACCCAGCACUUAAAACACCAUUUGGGAUAAAGGCAGAGUUUGCAAGAAUUUUGGGCAGGAAAAACCCUGUAAGGGAAAUGACUGAAACUUUUCAGCAGGUCUGGGUGGAGAAAAUCCUGGCAUUUGCCGAACCUCAACAAAUUGCAAAAGAUGUGGUGCCAGCUAUGAAAGAUGCUCUCACAGAAAACCCAUCAAAAAAAAAGGUAAUUUCUAUUGUAAAAUUAUGCAUAAUUUGUCUUCUUGUUGGUUCCCUUCAUAAUACAUACAUUACAUACAUUAUUGACUAGAGGUGUUUUUUUUUUUACCUAAUGUGACUUAUCAUGCACUUUUGAAAUCAGUGUGUGCUUCCAGAAAAUAUCUAUACACACCACACAGAAGGUAUUGCAAAUUUUGCAGUAGUGGGGGUCGUAAAGGCUAAACUUCUAUGGGGAAGUGUGAAGUGGAAUUGCACUCUCUGUGGGAGAAGGUCGAGGAGCUGAAACUGAACAAAAACUUCAGUGGUUAAGGUUUUGAGUAUUUUCUGUAACAUUACAGUUUGUUGUCAUCAUUAUCUUUGUCAUGGUUGUUAAAAUAUUAUUAUAAUUUCCAUCAAAUAUCUUUGCUCAUGCUCAAGUGGUUUAAAUGUGUCACAUGACUGAAUAUUUCCCAGCUCAGACUGGAGAAUAUUUCAGUGAUAUUCCCUAAAUAUUUUAUAAUAAACACAAUCACCUCCAUUUAGCAUAAAAAUAUGCUUGGAUAUUUUCCCAUGGACAUCUGCCCCAAGAAGCUCAUAGUUUUUUUUCAGCUACACUCUUGGAAAACUACGAGCUUCCCCAAAAAGGUAAUGACUGCACAUAAAAAAUAUAUGUCAAAGCAUAAUUCCAGGCCAAAUAGAGACUAUUAAACAAUUAGACCCAUAGCCUCUGAGGGCAAAGGGUCUGAUUGUUUUAGUAUCACCCAACU